UUUCUCUCACUCGUCCUCCGUCCUGCUCUCUCUCUCUCUCUUCACUCAUCAUGUGGUUCCUGUUUAUAUACUUACUGAUAGCAGGUGUUCAAGCUCAACCAGAGAGGAUCAGGACAGUGUUGCGGGGAACCGAUAGUCCAUGCAGGGGCCGUUUGGAGGUUUACUAUGAGGGCGAGUGGGGCUCGGUGUGCCACCAUCAGUGGAACGCCAACGCCAACGCAAACGGUUUGGUAGUGUGCAAAUCUCUGGGCUGUGGUAAACACAUCAACUCCAACCAACUCAACAACCUCCCCAUAAUCAACCGAGACUUCCCCCCACCCACCACCAUGUGGAUGGACGAGGUGGAGUGCAACGGAUCAGAGAGCAGCAUAUGGGACUGCAAAGCCAAGAAGAAGUCGAAAUUUCCCGAGUGCAACAGAGAGCGUGACUACAUAGUGGUGGAAUGCGCAGGGAAAAUCAGUUUGUCUCUGAACACGAUUGGAUAUACGGAUGAGUGUGCCGGAGUUGUCCAGUUCAACACCCCAGACGGUACAGUCAGCGUGUGCAACGAUAACUGGAAUGAAGCCACAGCAGAUAUGGUGUGUGAAGAGCUGGAUUGUGGGAAACAUCACAAGAUCCCAAAACCAGGAACCUUCCAGGGAAAGCCGAGAACCUACACCCCCCCUCUCAGCUGCAUCGGAAACAAAAUGUUGUCGUGGCAGUGUGUGGACUGGGUCAACAGGAAGUCCAACGACUGCCAACGAGAGGCCAGCGUCAUCUGCUCCAAACACAAAAGAAUGCGGCUUUCUGGAGGAGAAGAUCUCUGCAGUGGAGUUCUGCAGAAGAACACCACAGGGAGUUGGAAUCCUGUACCGUUCAAAGCUGAUAUGAGAAACAUGGCUGACGACAUUUGCUUAAUUCUGAGGUGUGGUAAAUCCACUCACAUAAGCGAAAGCAACUCCACUGAAACCUUCCUCAAAUGCAUAGACCGUGUAAAGGUGGAGUUAUCAAACAAGCGUUUUGGGGAUCUCUACGUGAAAGUGAAUGAGACUCCAAAGUUGGUGUGCAGUGGUGAUUUAACUGAGACCGAGCAGAAGCAGAUUGGGACUGUGGUCUGUAAGCAGCUGGGUUUUGGGAAACUACUCGAAAUCUCGACGGGAAAGACGACCUCACAAGGUGAACAGCUGUACCAGGUGGACUGCACUGGUGAGGAAGACUCACUGUGGGAUUGUCUCAAACGUCAACCAACUGGAGUCUGCAGAUCCUCCAAAGUUGUAUGUGCAGCCUUGGAGGAGGUGCAGCUGCAGGACGGUUACAGUAACUGCUCAGGACGACUCGAGGUGAAGUUGGAGGGUUCGUGGUGGAGAGUACGUUCAUCUGACUGGACAAACAACAGUUCAGACGUCGUGUGCAAACAGCUUGGCUGUGGGGGGUUCCAGAGCUGGGAAAAUAAUGUUUUCGUCGAAAGUGACAAAUCAUUCCUGAAGUGGAAACUGAAGUGCAAUAAAGACGUCAACGACCUCUCUCAGUGCCUUGGAGACCAGUGGGAAUCAGAUCCAAAAGCAGAUGAGAGAUCUGUUAAUAUUGUUUGUGAAAGAAAUAAGUUUUAUGGUCUGCAGGGCGACCGUCCGUGUGAGGGGACGGCGUUCGAGGUAUCUGGAGGGAAAAACGUCAUUUUAACUUUAGAAGAAGACAAGUGGAACGACGUGGCCUACGAUAUCUGCAAGCAAAUGCGCUGUGGAUCAGUACUGUCCUUCAAGACAAAUCUAAGCGACCCACAGCCUUCAGAGAACCCGCUCUGCUCUUACUCAACAUCAGAUUUAACAUCAAACUCAACGUCAAACUCAACGUCAAUCCCCACCUGCACCACUAAUAAUAAAGAUACACAACACACCCAUCUUACCACUGCAUACAUUAAGUGCACAGAUUUCCAGCCGUUGACGGUGAAGCUGGAGAACUCGGAGGGUGAGAAGUGUUGGGGGAAGGUGAAAGUGUGCAGAGGCAGCACAUGUGAAGGCGUGUGCGGCAAAAUCUGGAAGGAAAAGCAGUCAGAAAGGCUGUGUAACAAUCUGAACUGCGGGAGCGUGAUCCCAGGACAGUUCGAAGGACCCACAGUCGUAGAAUCAGUGACCAUAGGCAGCAUCUACUGCCCAGACGAGACAAAAACAAUCAGCCAGUGCACGUUUUUCAACCUGACUAAAUCCUCCUGCAGCAGCCCAGCGUAUGUCGCCUGCGCAGGAAGUGUUAAAGCCAAGCUGACGGAUCCUAGAAAGAAGUGCGCUGGAAAAGCGGAGCUGUUUUAUUCAGGGAUGUGGCAUUCGGUGUGCUCAGAUGCUUCCAGUGCAUUUCAGAACACCAUCUGCAAAACCUUGGGCUGUGGAAAUGUCCUGAAUUUCACCCAGAGCGGGAAUAAGGAACCAGGAGUCUCGAAGAUCACUUGUAAAAAUGAGAACAUCACCUCGUGUACUGUUCUGAAAAGCUGUUCUGUUGGUCAUCUCGAAUGUGAAGCCUGGAGAAGGCUGCUCAUCACCACGGAUCACGCCUGUUCCGGUAGAGUCUACGCCGAGUCUAAGCAGGGUCCGCAUGGUGUGAGUAGAGAGGGCUGGAGCGAGACGGAGGGUGAAAAGCUGUGCGAUUAUCUGCAGUGUAAGAGGUACAGAGGUUACAAUGAUCACCCGCUGCAGCACAACCUUACAACCUACCCGCUGUGGAAUAAAAGCUACAACUGCAGAAAUUCCUCCAAGGAUAUCUGGGACUGUGAGGUCGAAAAAGAACCCACAAUGCUCCAGCAGCUUGAAAUUAACUGCGACGGUGAACCUGAUAUAACACUGGAGGGAAAUUGUACAGGUCAAGUGAUAAUAAACAGACACGAGCGUGUUUGUUGGGAACCGCAGAACACAGGACGUGUCCUCAAUGAGCUCUGUCAACAGCUGAAAUGUUCAUCCUUCUUAAUGUCGUGGGAAAAUAAAACUGUUCAGAGCGGGCACAGCUUUAAAUGCAACGGCAACGAGAACAACCUGUGGCAGUGCAGCUCCAGUAACAAGACUUGUGGCAGCGUUCUCUCUUUGGCCUGUGCAGAUGCAGUACAAUUCAGAUUCACUGGGAACUGUGGAGGAAAACUUGAAGUAAACUACCGGGGAGAGUGGAAAACGGUGGGCUUUAAGAGCAAAGACGAUGCGGAUGUGAUAUGCGAACACAAGCAAUGUGGAAAAGCAGAAUCCUUAAUGGGCCCUUUUCCAACUACAGAAAUAUUAUUUGAAUGUGAAAACAGGGAGAACCAUCCAAAGCAUUGCAUUAAAGUCUCCCCUGGAAAUUACGAGACUACAGUCAGAUGUGAAAAAUAUGUUCCUGUGGUUGUUGUUCCUGCACCAAACACAGCACUAAUUGUGGGUCUGGUGAUUGGUCUGUUGUUCCUGCUGCUGGCCAUUAUUAUUGGGAUUUGGCAAAGAAAAACAUUACUCGCCAUGUUAAGACUGCGGCCUGCUGGGAAAGACGAGGAUGUGGAGCUCAGCAGUAAUGAAAUGCAGGACUUAAAUGAGAGAAACGACACGGAUUUGCACGAGAGAAAGUCCUCUAUGUUUGAAAUUGACAACUAUGAAGAAGUUGAUCCCAUCAUGAACCAAGAGGACGAAGAGUCCAAAAACCAAGAGCUGCAGCCUGAUGAAGAAGAGGGAGGGAGUGGCGGCUCCUCUAUGACUGAAUAUGAUGAUGUGGAGGAAAGAAAUGAAAAACCAAUCAGAUUUGAAGACAGCAGCCCUGCUGAACCCCUCCUACCUCCCAGACCACCAAACCUACUGGGUGAUGUGAGUUAUGAGGUGGAGCUGGAGGAGCUGGAGGAGCAGGAGGAGCUGGAGGAAGAUUAUGAUGAUGCUGCCCCGGCUGUCCAGAGUCCAGAGCCGGGAGAUAUGUCAGGAGGAAAUGAUGAGCAGGUCAGACAGACAGAAGAGUGAAAGAUGAGUGAAUUAUAGACUUUUAGAGAAACAGGCUGAAGAGACUUGUUUAAUUAUAGCGUAUCAUUCGUCUUAAAUCAUGACCUCAUUAAAUUGUUUGAAAUGAAUUGAGAACAGUUGCAGACUGUACUGGUUUUCAUGGUUGAUUUAAAGCUUUUUUUCAGCUGUUGUAUUCUUCUUUAUUUUUGCCUUUUUAAUUCUUUUUUAAUACAGCUUGCAACCAAUUUUAAACAACCCUUUACUACUGGCUUAAAACGUUUUAGAACACCCCUAUUGCAGGACUGUGUACAUUUUAUCAAUGACUUUAUUACGGCUUAUCACGUCACCUGUUAGACUAACUCCAAUUCUUCCUUUCACUGCUGAAACUGAGACUAACUCCAAUCAUAUUGAGCUAAAGAGCUAAAAAGGCUAAAGCUGCUGUUUCCAUGUGGGUCAGCCAGACGGGACUCUUCCUGUAGCGUUUUUUCUCCAGUUUCCAAGAGUCUUUUAAAGCUGUAGGAAACAGUAGUGGCUUCAUCUGUAAUUUCUCUAAAGAAAAGACUUCUACUUUUAAUAGUUACAGAGUUCUGUAAACUUUUGACCAGUAGUGUAUGUGUGCAUACAUUUGCUGCAUAUGAAACGUUUUCUUAAAACUUCUUUCCCACUUUUAAAAAUGUGAUUCACAUUUGUUUUGCAUCUUGUGUGUAUUAAAAUCGAUAAUGUAGGUUUACAAUAUGAUGUUUGAAUGUAUUUGUGUGACUUUUAUCUAUAUUGGAAAGAGAACUGAAUGAUUUUCUUUGCAUUUU